CGCCACUGGUUGUAAGUCAGCUGUUUGUAACUGUCAUCACACACAUCUUCCCGUUAAUUACAAAUUAAUUAAAUACAUUUUAUGUCUAAAAACAAACAUUUACAUAAGUUUCACUUUAAUUAUUUUUAUAUUAAUUGCUUAACAUUCUUUUUUCACGCAUUUAAAAAGUGAAGGAAGCUUCGAAGUGUUAAUCACUUUCGCUGUAAGACAUGACUUAAUUUUCUUUAUUUUAGAAAAUUAAAUAAAAUGGAUACAAAUAAAAUGGGUCCCAAUAUAAAGACAUUCCAAGGUGGGUGUCUGGCGGACACAACCGAAGAACCAUACCCGAGCCUCUCAGACUUCCAUGAUUACGAGCCUAAUCUAGAAUUCGACGAUACGGAACUGCACCAAUCGCCCGACGCCAUUGCCAAUACGGUCGAUUUAAUGCAAGAGAUCGAAACGAAUGGAAUGGGUUCGCCUGUGUCCGAUUUCACCGACGAGAAUUUCGAGGAGCAAUUGGCCGAGGCGUACGAGGAAGGUUUAGAUAGUUUAAUUUACACGUCGUAUCCCGAGGUGGGCGAUACUUCGGAUAAGUUUUUGGAUGUGGCGAAGCACGGUAUCGUCGACGUGAAGGGGGACGACGCGUUGGGGCGGAAGGUUAUCGUAGUGUAUGCGUGCAAGUUGCCUUUGGUUAAGGAUAUCGACCACGGAAGAUUUUUACGGUACUUAAUUCACACAUUAGACAAAUAUGUAGAGCAAGAUUAUAGUUUAGUAUACUUUCAUUAUGGACUAACGAGUAAAAAUAAACCAUCGAUAGCGUGGCUGUGGCAGGCGUACAAAGCGUUCGAUCGCAAGUAUAAGAAAAACCUGCAAGCGCUAUACCUGGUUCACCCGACGAAUUUCUUGAGAAUCAUAUCGAAAGUAUUUCGGCCGGUAAUCAGCGUUAAGUUCGGCCGUAAAAUUAACUACAUCAACUCGUUGAAGGAGCUUAGCGAGCACAUACGACUCGAGCAGUUGUCCAUUCCAGAACAGGUUAAGGAGCACGAUCGGGUGUUAGGAGGAUCGAAUAACAUUACGGUUGCCGACUCGCGGCCCGAGUAUCCCACCCAACAGUUCGGCGUAACUCUCCAGUUUAUUAAGCAACACUAUAAGGUCGUGAUACCGCCCGUCGUUAGGCAGUGCGUCGAAUUUUUGGAUAAACCUGAUGCGCUGGAAACCGAGGGAUUGUUUAGGAGGUCGGCUAGUGUAAUGAAGGUGAAGCAGUUGAAAGAUGUCGCCAAUCGAGGCGAGACCCUAGCGUUCGAAGAUCCUCACGAAGCUGCGGUUCUUUUAAAAACUCUCUUGAGAGAAUUAAAAGAGCCGUUAUUAACUUAUGAUCUCUAUGAUGAAGUUAUGCAAUUUCAAAGCUGGAAUCGAGAUGAACAAUUGCGUCAGGUAUCGAUUCUCGUCAUGGAGAAACUACCGGAAGACAACUACAAAGUGCUAAAGUACAUAAUUACCUUCCUGUCCAGGGUAAUGGAGAGAGCCGAUCUAAAUAAAAUGACUGCCCAAAAUUUAGCCGUAGUAUUCGGACCGAACCUAGUAUGGUCAGAGAACGUAACGAUGUCCCUAUCAGCGAUAGGUCCUAUCAAUAUGUUUACGCAGUUCCUUCUUCAACAUCACGGCGAAAUUUUCAUAGUCUAAAAACAAACGAAAAGCGCGCGCGUUGUGGAAUAAAUUUUGUGAUUUGCGACGAUUGCAAGGGUAAAUGAAACAUAUUGGGUGAUGUUUAUUUUUUAUUUUUCUACUUACCUGAUUAAUGAGAUAUAAUAGAAUAACAAAUUAUUAGUAAGUAGGUAGUUUGUAUGUUCCUUGUUUUGUAAAAUUCGCGAAAUGGUUAUGGAAUAUAGUCCAAAAUACCAAAGAAAGUUAUAGAAGACAUAUAUUUAUGAUUGCGCACGACGUGUACAUAGGCGCAAUUUAAAACUACAGAGAGCCGUUUCUUGGAAACAUUAUUAGGGACCUCGUUUUUGUAUUAUAUUAUUUUAAGAGAAGAAAUUUAUCGUUAGAUUUAAUUAUUCAUUUAUAUAGGCAUUAUCUAUCUUCUACCUCCAAAUGGCUUCACUAAUCAUUCCAUUUUCUUAUUAAUUUUUGUACGCUAAUUCAUUGGCCAGUUAUGGCAAGAUGGCGGGGUGGAUGAAAAUCGAUUAUUUUCUAUUGUCUAUCCCGUUUAUCACUUUCCUUCCUUUACUCGAUUGCACUGUGGGAAAUGUCCGAGUAUUUGAGACUUGUAGUUAUAUGUUACAAAAAAAACUAAUCAACGAUUAUUGUUAAGUUAUACAUGACUGUAACUGUUGUUAACAAUUUAAUUGAAAAUGUAAAACAAUGAUUGUAUAUUUAUUCAUGUAUAACCUAUUUGUAACACCGUGAAUAACAGCGAAAUAAAAUUAUAACUACAUAA